CUUCUUCUUUUGGCGCAGUAAUUGGUAGUUGGCGGAUAUCCCAAAGUUGCUAACCGAAGCAGAGUCUCUCCACACUCUGUUGAAAUCGCCUAAUUUCAUUUUUUCCCCAGUUUUGCCUCACACACAAAUAUAUACACACAUACGCAAAAAACUCAUGAUGCAUCAUUGCUCAAUUACGAAACCCACUUUCUCAAUUUCGAUCUCGACCCAGAAGCUUCAUCAUCAUUCCAGUAAAUUCUUGAAUUUGGGUUUCAGAAUCCGAUGCGAAUCCGGGGAUGUUUCGUCGCCAUUGCGGACCAAGGCGGUGUCUUUGUCGUCGGAGAUGGAGGAUUCGUCGUCCUUGAAGAAGAGUUUGAUGGAGUUAGAAGGGAAGAAGAGUGAGCCUUACCCAGGAGGAAUGCCGAAGAUGGGUCCAUUCACAGGGAGAGAUCCGAAUGUGAAGAAACCUGCUUGGUUGAGACAGAAGGCACCACAAGGCGAAAGGUUUCAGGAGGUGAAAGAGUCCCUUUCUCGUCUCAAUCUCAAUACUGUUUGUGAAGAAGCUCAGUGUCCUAAUAUCGGCGAGUGUUGGAAUGGAGGUGGUGAUGGUGUAGCAACUGCAACCAUCAUGGUUCUUGGUGAUACUUGUACUCGUGGCUGUAGAUUCUGUGCUGUUAAAACAAGUAGAAAUCCUCCUCCUCCUGACCCAAUGGAACCAGAGAACACUGCCAAGGCCAUAGCCAGUUGGGGUGUAGACUACAUAGUUAUUACCAGCGUAGACCGUGACGAUAUACCUGAUGGUGGAAGUGGACAUUUUGCGCAGACUGUCAAAGCUAUGAAGAGACAUAAGCCGGAUAUAAUGAUAGAAUGCUUAACUUCUGAUUUUCGUGGGGAUUUGGAGGCUGUCGACACUCUUGUGCACUCGGGAUUGGAUGUUUUUGCUCACAAUGUCGAGACUGUGAAAAGGCUCCAGCGACUUGUGAGGGAUCCUAGGGCUGGAUAUGAGCAGAGCAUGUCAGUUUUGAAACAUGCAAAGAUCAGCAAACCUGGAAUGAUCACAAAGACAUCCAUAAUGCUUGGUCUUGGAGAAACAGACGAAGAGUUGAAGGAAGCAAUGGCUGAUCUAAGAGCUAUAGAUGUUGAUAUUCUAACACUUGGCCAGUAUCUACAGCCAACUCCAUUGCAUCUGACUGUGAAAGAGUAUGUCACACCUGAGAAGUUUGAUUUCUGGAAAACAUACGGAGAAUCAAUAGGAUUUCGUUAUGUUGCAAGUGGUCCACUGGUAAGAUCUUCAUAUAGAGCAGGAGAGCUUUUUGUUAAGACAAUGGUGAAAGAAAGCUACUCUAAAUCCUUGUCUUAAUAACAACAAUGGCUACUAUAAUGCCAAAAAUGAUUGCUGAGACCACAAAGCCUUCUUCCUAUCUUUUUUGUUUGUUUCUUUUAAUAGACUUCAUUUAUUUUGGUAAUUGAUUUGGAAACCAUUGUGGAUAUAUAAAAGUUUAUAUAUACUAGUUUUGUGUUAUUAUAAAAUCCUGCCAAUAAUAUCUGGAAAUUGUCUCAAG